AAGGAAUGUGAUGCUAUAUUUAAAGUAUUAUGAGAAUUAGCAGUGGGAGGGAGAGAGUUAGUUGCAGAAGAGAGGUGGCGGGAGGGAUGACUUAGCGGAAACACUGGGCAUCCGAUAAGGCCGCGAGAAGCUGAUAAGGAAAAGAAAAAGCCCAUUGGUUUCACGAGAAAGCUGCGGAACGGACCCAAUUACCCUUUUCUCUCUUUUCAUUUCACAUUCCUCUUCUCGCCACCACUCCUCACUCACUUUUUGCAUCUCCCAAUUCCAUCAACAUGAAGGACAAAGAUAAGGAAAAGCUGAAGGAUACCGAAAAGAAAAAGUUCCCCAUCGGUGCCGACCAUUACGUCCUGUACGAGGAGAUUGGCCAAGGUGUUAGUGCUUCCGUCCACCGUGCUCUCUGCGUCCCCCUCAACGAGGUCGUCGCCAUCAAAAUUCUCGACUUCGAACGUGACAAUUGCGAUCUCAACAACGUUUCUCGCGAAGCCCAGACAAUGAUCCUGGUGGACCACCCUAACGUCCUCAAAUCACACUGCUCCUUCGUCAGCGACCACAAUCUGUGGGUGGUGAUGCCGUUCAUGGCGGGUGGUUCCUGCCUUCACAUACUCAAAGCCGCACAUCCCGACGGUUUCGAGGAGGUAGUCAUCGCAACCGUUCUGAGGGAGGUGUUGAAAGGUUUGGAGUACCUUCAUCAUCACGGACACAUCCACCGAGACGUAAAGGCUGGUAACAUUCUCAUCGAUUCACGAGGCGCUAUCAAGCUUGGCGAUUUUGGUGUAUCGGCUUGCCUUUUUGAUUCAGGUGAUCGUCAACGAACCAGGAAUACCUUCGUCGGAACGCCUUGCUGGAUGGCACCCGAGGUCAUGGAGCAGCUGCACGGUUAUAACUUCAAAGCUGACAUCUGGUCAUUUGGUAUAACUGCAUUGGAGCUUGCCCAUGGUCACGCUCCUUUCUCAAAAUUUCCACCCAUGAAGGUACUGCUUAUGACUUUGCAAAAUGCACCUCCUGGCCUUGACUAUGAAAGGGAUAAGAAGUUCUCUAAGUCGUUUAAGCAGAUGAUUGCCAGUUGCUUAGUAAAGGAUCCUUCAAAACGACCCUCUGCUGGCAAGUUGUUAAAGCAUUCAUUCUUUAAGCAGGCUCGCUCCAAUGAUUAUAUUGCACGGACACUUUUGGAGGGGCUUCCUGCUUUAGGUGAUCGCAUGGAGGCCCUAAAGAGAAAAGAAGAAGAUAUGCUUGCACAGAAGAAAAUGCCUGAUGGGAAGAUGGAGGAAUUGUCACAGAAUGAAUACAAACGUGGAAUUAGUGGCUGGAACUUCAAUCUUGAAGAUAUGAGGGCUCAGGCUUCUUUGAUCCAUGAUUUCGACGAUGCUAUAUCAGAUAUCUGUAAUGCAGCAAGUUCAUCUUCUUUAUCUACGCUCGAUGCACAAGAUAAGCAAUUGCCAAGUGCAGUUCACAACCCUUCUCAAACUGCUGAUACGGAAGAAAAUGAUGAGGUGCGAAAUCAAUCAGCUUCUGUUCCGGUAGUUGAUUCUGCAGUAAAUGAUGCAAAGACUAGGUUUGAAAAAUCUGAUGAUGAUUCCAGCAUCACCAGUUCAAGCCAUGAACCGCAAACUUCUUCGUCCUGUCUCGAUGAUCAUGCGGACCACAAUGUUGGUGAAAAAUCUGAUAUGGAAAAUGGUGGAAGAUUUGUGGAGGGCAUGGCUACUCAUUCUUUUCAUAGAAGAGGGUGUUCAUCAAGCAUCUUACCUGAAGUUACUCUUCCACCUAUUCGACCAGAAAGUUGCCAUGCAACUUCAGCUUCACAGACAGGAGAGGAUGUGCUUACUGAACUUCCUUCUAGAGUCUCAAAAUCAUCAGUUAAUUCUGAUGACACUGAUGAGAAAUCAAAGGUACCAGUUGUACAGCAGAGAGGACGUUUUAAGGUUACAUCUGAGAAUGUUGACCCAGAUAAGGUGGGCCCUUCUCCUGUACUGCAAAAGAGUCAUAGCAUGCAGGUUUUUAGCCAGCACAAUGCUACUCCUCUGCAUUCACCUUUACCAUUAUUACCAGCAUCUACUGAUGCCUCGUCAUCAAAUCUUUCUGGCUGUUCUCUGUUUCCUGUGUUGCACUCUGUGCUGCAGACAAAUAUUCUUCAAAGGGAGAGCAUUUUAAGUUUAAUGAAGCAAAUUACUCCCAGUGACUCUGCAGCUGAUGGCUCGUGUACCUCAGCAGCACAGAUAGCAGCAACUGAGAAAUCUUUGCUUGAAGCAGCUCACGAAAGGGAGAAGGAGUUACUUCAUGAGAUAACUGAGUUGCAAUGGAGGCUUAUAUGUACCCAGGAGGAGCUUCAAAAAUUGAAAACAGAUAACGCCCAGGUGUGAUUGCCUUGACAAUUUCUGAGGUGAUUCCGUUGUUCAAGUGGAUUCUAGGAUUCCUCAAUUUUAAGUUCUUCGUGGACACCUGAAAAAAUUAAGUGCAAGAAGAAAGGAGAAUAGUGACCAAUACUAAAUCCGUUGACCUAGCUAUGGACACUUUUAGGUUCUUUUAAUCAUGUAGGUGAUAUAAAAAACUUUAUCAUAGUUUUCUUUUUAGUGCAGAUGCAUUGAUGAUAAUUGUUUUUGUAAAUUAUUUUGGCAAUAUUUCCUGCUUGUAAAUUAUAAUGCGCAUGGUGCUUUCGGAUCCCAUACUUCCCCGGUGUUUAGAAUUCAUUAAAUAAUUUCAAUGCCAUUCGGAUAC